AUGAUAAAGCGUGUCCUCUCAUUACUCGCUUUGUUUGUGUUGUUCAACUUCCAAACAGAUGGCCAGUACUACGACGGUUAUCCAUCUUAUGGCUACAAAUUUAACCAACACGGCUGCUCUAAUCCAUACGGCGGAUACAAUCUACACGGAGGCUUCGGCAAUGCUUCUAAUCUAUUCGGAGGCGCAAAUGCUUUGGCCACCGAUGGAAAUGGCCUAGGCUCGUGGCAAAGUGCUUUAACAGGAGCAGCGAUUGGGGGAUUGCUUGCGGCAGCUCUUGGGAAGAAGUGA